CCGAUACAUCUCUUCCAAUCCUUAUAACUCGCAAACCGGUUUCAAAAUUAGGGUUUGCAGACUUGCACAGGCGCCGUCCACCUUUCUCGCUCUUUGUGAUCUUGUCUCUGCAACUCAAUUAAACAAAAAACAUGGCUACUCAAAUCAGCAAGAAGCGAAAGUUUGUUGCCGAUGGAGUUUUUUUCGCUGAGUUGAAUGAGGUAUUGACUCGAGAGCUGGCAGAGGACGGCUACUCUGGUGUGGAGGUCAGGGUAACUCCCAUGCGCACCGAGAUCAUCAUCCGAGCCACUCGCACCCAGAACGUUCUCGGUGAGAAAGGAAAGAGAAUUAGAGAGCUGACCUCGGUGGUGCAGAAGCGUUUUAAGUUCCCGGAGAACAGUGUGGAGCUUUACGCUGAGAAAGUUAAUAACAGAGGACUCUGUGCUAUUGCUCAGGCCGAGUCUCUCCGCUACAAGCUCCUCGGUGGCCUUGCUGUUCGCAGGGCUUGCUAUGGUGUAUUGAGAUUCGUCAUGGAGAGUGGAGCCAAGGGUUGUGAGGUAAUUGUCAGUGGGAAGUUGAGGGCUCAGCGUGCCAAAUCAAUGAAGUUCAAGGAUGGAUACAUGAUCUCUUCUGGUCAGCCAGUCAAUGAGUAUAUUGAUUCUGCAGUGAGACAUGUUCUUUUGAGACAGGGUGUUCUUGGUAUUAAGGUUAAAAUUAUGCUUGAUUGGGAUCCUAAGGGAAAGCAAGGCCCCACUACCCCUCUACCAGAUCUUGUCACUAUCCAUACUCCCAAGGAUGAAGAGCAAUAUGUGAGGCCAUCAAUGGUUGCCACUGAUAUCGCAGCCCCACUCCAACUCCCAGUGGAAUGAGCCUGAGUUGUUUUUCAUGUGAAAUCGCUAGUUUUGGGAGUGCUUAAACGUUUCUGUUUGUUUGUAAUGGAGGAUAGAGGAGACAUUAGAGCUGGGUUUUAUUUCUUCUUUUUUAAAAUUUCUCAAAUUUUGAUAAUACUGUAGUCAUUGGUAAUGGUUAAGAUUUGUUUAUUUUGAACAAAUGUGUUGAUUUUGAAUAUUUUAGGAUGCUAAAUGAAGUAAUUAUUUUUAA